AUGGCAAUUCGACAUUUCAGGCGAAGAGAUGUUCCCGAGAAAGUAGUAAGCUCUUCAAGCGAAUUAAGCGAGUCUUCGGAUGAUGAGCACCGCGAUGAGCAUGUCGAUGAGCUUGUCGAUGAGCAUGAUGAUGUUGAACAUGGAAAUGGCUCCUGUGAGAAACCAGUGGAUGAAAAGAGAACUGAAGUUGGACCAGCUUCAUUCCAGUCUCAAGACAAUCAAAAACCAGCGUCAUCAGUUGUCCCAAUCGGUUCAGGCACCAAAUUUGCGGUGAGAAAAGACAUUAUUCCAGAGAAAACGCAAAGCCCAAAGGUCAAUGCGUCUGACGACGAAGAUGCGGAGGAAAGCGAUGAAACUGAAGAGUCGUCAUCCAGUGAUGACGAUUACGUGCUUCACAAGCCCGUUUUUUUGAAACGGACUUCAAAACCAAUCAACAAUGCAUUUACAGAUUCUCAAGCAUCGGGCAUCAACAAGGAAGCUCUCCUGACCAACAUCAAGGAGGACAACAAGAGAGCCGAGAAGAACGAAGAACUGGCCUUAUUGGGAAAAAAUAACCAGACCUUAAAUCAAGAUUUACUGGCAAACAUUCUGGCUCUCGAUGACGAUGACAGUCACGAACCAGAGAAAGAGCACAUGCUAUGGGAAGAAAGACAGCAACAACGAGCGCUGAGAUUACGCAGACUCUUGGAAAAGAAACAGGCGGAGCUUGAGGAUUACGAAAGUGCCAAAAUGGCCAAUGCCUCUGCUUUGAACUCUGAUACUCUGGAAUCGGUUAAGCAACCGACAGAACGUGCCCUAAAGACACAUUCUGCUACACCCAGUGCAUCCCACAGCGACAUUGGCAAGCGAAAACCCGAUUCCAAGCGACAUACUGCCAAUAAAGCACGGAAAUACAAUCCGCAGUCUUUGAGCAAGGCAGAUACAAAGUUACAGUCAGAACAAAGUCGCACACAAGCUCAGGAUGAACAGAAUGAAUACUCAGUGAUUUGA